ACUCUAGUGACGCACUGUUUUGUGCCAGACUCUCCCACUCUCUCUCAGCAAUAACUCUUAGCAAAACCUUUAACGACAAAUAAUGUUUUACUUCAGGCAUUCACUCUACACCCUCUGCUGCCUGUCAGCCAUUGCCUUUGCCAUGUCCAGUGCCCUUCCUGCGAAGCAAAAUGUGGACCCGGCUGACCCUGAGGUACAGGCGUGCGUUGCCUUUGGAAUGGAGAGCUUCAACUUCCACAGCCCGACUCAAAAACUCAACACCAUUAGCAAGUUCCACUCUGUCACCAGAGAGGAGGUCGGUGGAGGUCGGUAUGACAUUGAUGUGGAGUUGAUAGGUUCUUCACACUCCAGCAACAACCAGGUUUUCCGCUGCCAUUUUGUUAUUGUGACUGCUCCAUGGAAGAACCAUCAAAGAAUUCUGAUCAAGAGCAGCUGUGAACCAGUGUCUUAAGAUGGACAGGAGCAUUUUGUUAAAUGUGCAGUUUCAAAAACCAAGUUAUUAUGUGCACAUUUACACAAAUUGAGCUGCCAGUGGAAUCCUAAAGCUUUUUGAAUGCAUCAAGUGCGGUGCUGUUGCUUAUAUCAGGAAGGCAGUGUUUGCUUAAAAAGAUAACGGAUUGUGCAUUUUUCAUUCAAAGUUAAAAACUAAUUGUUUUACUGCUAGAUUAAAUGGAGAAGUACAAAUAAAAUCUAUAUAAUUACUUAA